AUGCUACAGGAAAUUAGGGAGACGAUGUCCACGGUAGAAGCUGCCUUGAAUGAGAUGAAUGAGAUGGCGACCAAAACCUCAGAGGCCAUACCACUAGUGGAUCAAGAAUCCAGGAGUAUGAAAGACAGAAUGGACGAUGCAGUUAAAGGAGGACUGAUGCAAAUUUCUGAAGCAGUGUCUGCGAUGACGACCAGGACAUCGGGGGCCAUACAACAGAUGGAGAAAGAAACCAAGAUCUUGAAAGCCCAGUUGGUCAUCCCUACGAUUUACUUCUACGCCCGAACACCAGAAUCUUAUUCUGUAGCAGAGGGUCAGACUGUCGUGUACACAGCGGUGGAGAUCAACGAAGGUCAAGGUUAUGACCCGGCAACCGGUAGAUUCACGGCGUUUGUCCCAGGACUGUAUGCGUUUGCAGUUCAGUACUGCAUGCCAUAUGGAAAGGGUGUAUGGUUGGAAAUCGUUAACAAAAAGGAAACGUUUCAAAGGGCUAGCUUUCAAGACAAUAAUAACAAUGCCUCAUGUUUGUCCAUGCAGGCGUUUAUUAAGGCAGAUGUGUCAGAUCAGAUCUGGGUGCAAGCAUUAGGGAACAUUGAGUUGUUUAAUGUUGAGACUUACAGACACUCUUCGUUUUCUGGAGCAUCGGUACACUUGUAAAGAUAGGAUGUUCAGCAGGUUAAAUGGCGUCUCAUUGUGUAAUAUCGUGAAAUGCAAUUCAUUUAAGUACCAAAGAUUGCAGUGAUGUCCUUAUCUGGUCAUGACUAAAGAAUUGACAUUCUCAGUUAUAUCUUAAAUUUUGUAUAUGCUUUUAACUUAAUAUGUUAACGAUGGCU